AUGUGUUAUUCCGACUCGCCAGUGCGGCGCCACGACUCGCCAGAGCGGCGCCACGACUCGCCAGAGCGGCGCCACGACUCGCCAGAGCGGCGCCACGACUCGCCAGUGCGGCGGCACGACUCGCCAGUGCGGCGCCACGACUCGCCAGUGCGGCGCCACGACUCGCCAGUGCGGCGCCACGACUCGCCAGUGCGGCGCCACGACUCGCCAGUGCGGCGCCACGACUCGCCAGUGCGGCGCCACGACUCGCCAGUGCGGCGCCACGACUCGCCAGUGCGGCGCCACGACUCGCCAGUGCGGCGCCACGACUCGCCAGUGCGGCGCCACGACUCGCCAGUGCGGCGCCACGACUCGCCAGUGCGGCGCCACGACUCGCCAGUGCGGCGCCACGACUCGCCAGUGCGGCGCCACGACUCGCCAGUGCGGCACCACGACUCGCCAGUGCGGCGCCACGACUCGCCAGUGCGGCGCCACGACUCGCCAGUGCGGCGCCACGACUCGCCAGUGCGGCGCCACGACUCGCCAGUGCGGCGCCACGACUCGCCAGUGCGGCGCCACGACUCGCCAGUGCGGCACCACGACUCGCCAGUGCGGCAUUAA